AUGUCUUUCGGACGCUCGGCCAGUGGUCCGGGCGGCCUGAGCAUCAACACCGGCUCGGCCAACCUCUUCGGAUCAACCACCAGUCAGCCCGCAGCCGCCGGUGGCCUCUUCGGAGCUGCUACAUCCCAACCGGCCGCCUCCCAGCCCCAGCAACAGCCCUCGCUUUUCGGCUCGACAGCUACCCAGACACCUGCUUCGCAACCUCAAGCCGCCGGCGGAUUGUUCGGACAACCAGCGGCCGCCGCGACAUCUCAGCCCCAGCAACAAGCGACGACAGGAGGCUUGUUCGGAACACCUGCGGCGGCUACCUCACAACCCGCGCCGGCCGGAAGCUUGUUUGGGGGUGCAGCUGCCGCGACAUCACAACCGGCACAAGCGGGUGGGUUGUUUGGAGGCGCGGCGACACAGCAGCAACAACCGCAGCAGCAGCAGCAGCAGCAACAACAACAGCCGGCUGCAGGCGGACUCUUUGGGGGGCUAGGCGGAAGCACCGGCGGCAUGUUUGGGGCAAAGCCAGCAGCAGCCAGCACGGCGGGAGGUGGUUUAUUCGGCCAAUCCCAACCACAAGCAGCCGGCCUCACCCUCGGCCAGUCCACGCAGCCCCAAGUCGUCCCCGGCGUGCGCAUCGACCUCUCCAACAUCAAAUCCACGACCCGCUUCAACGACCUGCAAGAGACCCUCCAGAAAGAAAUCGCCCAGCUCGAUGACGCAAUCCAAAAGUGCAUCAAAGACAAAGAAGCCGUCGACGCCUUCCUCCCGUCCCAUGGCGAACAGCUCUCCGCCAUCCCCACCGACGUCGGUUUCGUCACGCGCAAGUCAGAAGGCGCCCACGCCGCGCUGUCGGGCGACAUCCGCGCCAUCCACCAGCUGCGCGGGCUCGUCAAGGAAGACGCCGACCACGCGCGGCUCUCGUUCAAGGCGAUUGACAACCUCAAGCUGCCGACGCAGUACCACCAGGCGGGGUUGUGGUCCACGUCCACCCGCGGCGUGUCGUCCUCUGGUGGGGUGCGCCCGGGCGCGACGGGUGGCGCAUCCGGGUCGGGCGCAGGCGGACCCUCCGGCACGGCCGCGGCCGACGCGCAGAGUAACACGGAUCUGAUCAGUUUCUUCACGCAGACGGCAGACGAGAUGGGGGAGAUGAUGAAGACGUUUGAGCGCAACCUCGGGGAGAUCGAAGUGCACUUGCACGGUGUGCAGGGGAGUAUGCUGGAGCAGAUGCAGCGGGCGGCUGCGCAGUCGCGGACGGUGAACCAGGGGGGGGCGGAGGCGAGAGUGGCCGAGUUGGCGGCUGUGUUGAGGGACUUUGAGGAGAGUAUUCUCAAGGUGGCCGGGGUCGUGGGGGGUGUGAAGGAGGGGGUUACGGAGCUGCAGUUGAAGGACUUUAUGGGGCAUGGAAGCUAG